ACAAAUUUUUAUGGAAUAGGUGAUACUCGUUUUGAAAUCCAAACGAUGUCUCAAGUCUCUGAGUGGAACCACUCUGGUCUGACACUGCGGCAGCUGCACGGCAAAUAUCCGCAUCCAGACUGUAGCAUCAACAGCGGCGAUGGCUAAGCUGGAUACGACCUGGCAUAGCCAUAGCAAGAUUAACCACAAAAUACAAUUUGUACGAAUCCCUUGUAGCACCGAUCCUGAUGUAAGAAUGUAAAGCAUGGACUCUGCACGCCGAUACGGAAAGGAGAAUCCAGAGCAAGGAGCUCAGGAGCAUCUCUUCGUCAUGGCGGCUACAGCUGGAACUAUCACUAACUUCCAUUCUCACCUUCCCGUCUGUGAGUGACUGAUAGAUGCAGGUAAACGAACAAUUCCAGCUUACUCGUUGUCCCUAUCAUCUGCAGGUGUGUCGCAGUUGUACAGGAUGCAUCGAUCGCUGUAGACGCUAUCAUCAUCUCUUGUUGACAACCUUGACUGUCAGCACUGGCUGACAUCUUUACUGCUAUUAUAAUGCACAGUAAAUAAAAAAUUUAAUAACGAGGUCCUUUGCCUUCUGCGAUGUAGGUGCAAUUCAUCCAUUCACGAAUAAAACUUCAUGACUGUGGAGGAGGACGCUUUAAAUUUUUUUUGAAUCUUGAGAACAUGAACUGAACCACUUGCCGCUCCUACAGACCUAACUGUGCGAUGACAUCAGCACAUAACUUUUAAAGGCAAUCAAUAUGGUGUAAUAUUGUCAGCACACGCCCAAACCUUCUGAAUCAGUCUUGUCAAGCAUUUCUAGCUAGCAAGUCCACAUAUUUAACUUGGGAGUUAAACAGUGACAAAGACACAUUUCUGUUUGGAAGUAAGACAUUGCUGGGUGACAGCGAACCGAAAGACAAAGCGAGGGUCAGUAGCAUGGAGAUGCAGCUCUCCGCUUGCAAAGAGGAGGAGGAGGAGGAGACAGUGCAAGGAGCAGACAAGCCGAUGGGUGACCCACCCCCCAACUACACCCACCCGGUUAACCGCUGUCAGCCACCUUCGCAAACACAGCAAUACCAGCCGCCGCCGCCGCCCCAGUGGGGGUACCCACCACCUCAAUGGGGGUAUCCGCCACCCGUGGUGAUGCAGCCGCCGCAGUCGAUAGCGAUGCAGCCGCAGCAGACGUCUAACAACAACAACACCGUCGUCAUCAACCAGCAGAACCAGCAGCAGCAGCCAGCGGUAAAAACCCUGCGCGCGUGGAGCACCGGGGUCUGCGGGUGUUUCGACGACAUGGGCGUCUGUUGCUGUGUGUUUUUCUGCGGGCCGUGUGCAGAAUGCCAGCUGUCCAUGGACAUGGGAGAGCACUGCUGUGUCCCCCUGUGCGUGCCGUGGUCCCUUAUAACCCUUAGAGCGGUGUUGCGAACUGAACACAAGAUCCAGGGAGGUGUCUGCAACGACUGUUGCACCGUCUGUUGCUGCUACCACUGCGUCCUCUGUCAGAUGAAGAGGGAGUUAAAAGUGACGAAGGGCCAGGCACUGUAUCCCUGACUCAAACACUAGCCGACAAGCUAAAGGUCAGCGUACAACCGGAACCGAAAUGGAAGCAGAACCGCGAGAUGAACACCGUCUUCUAUCAGGAGUAGUCAAAUAAAACGUAGCAGACCACGGACAAUUACAAGCCCAGCAAUCGCUAAGUUUCAUUUAAUUGUCAAUAGAAAUUUAUAUUUAUCCUUCUUAUGAGUCUUGCAAAAAUGUGGGGUUUACAGAGAACAGACGAUUAAAAUAAAAAUUAAAACAUAAUAAAAUUAUAUUAAAUAAUCUAUAUUGCAUAGACGGAGUGGAAGAAGCUGAAGAGAGGUGGAAGGGUGUAGAGAUUGUGAAUGGCUUGGGGGUAGGGGCAGGAGAAAAAGGAGAAGGGAGGUGAGAGAAAAGGAUCUACACUGUUUACUCUGGUGAAAGCUUUUCAUGGGAGAUCGGGGAGGGAGCAAAUGCAGGACAGAAUAUCUGUUUGUACUGUUUGAAUGCUUUCAGCUCGUGAAAGGACUGUGACAACCCUGCAAUUAUAGGAAAAAUGUGCCCCAACUCCUGGACAUUUUACAUCUCCCGUUCCCUUUAAACAAAUCAACCGACAAGCUUUUCCAAGGGAGGUAGUUGGUAGGUCUGACAGUUAACUGUACUGAGGCCCAACACAAAAUGUCUUCUUCCUCUGUUGACCGCAGGAAAGGUGUAAAGAUAUAAACAUUUAUCGUUGACUAUUGCUUAAAUUUUGCAUAAUUUAAAUAAUUUUUAAUGACACAGGAGAAUUAACUAGUGUGAAAUACUGAUUGUAAACAGAUUAUAAACGAGUAUGAUAUGAUCAGGUUUUACUUACAGACAUACUUGUGAAAUUAUCUUUCAUGAGCUCACUGGCAUGUCAGUUGUAUAGUAAAAUGGAAAUUAAAAAUCAAUUUAAAAGUUGAAACAUUUUUUGUGUUGAAAGUACUAUGAUUUAAUGAGGCUAGAAAACAUUCAUCGUAAGCGAAUUUGCUUUAAAUUAUAUAACUUCAUCAUGGAUAUUUACAGUUUAAAAUUGUGUUUCACAUAUAUAUUUACAUGCGUCUCUGUGUGUGUGUUGUUUGUACUCCCUUUCAAGAAGGCAAGAAAUAGAUGGACUCCAGCUAUUUUGCCCAAACACAGACACCUAUUUUACUUUAUUAUAACAGAAAAAUUAUAAAGAUAUAA